AUGGCGGCUCAGUUGCCUCUUGUAUUUGGAGAAUGGGUCAUUGUUGUCGAUGGGUGUCAUCUGACUGGAAAGUAUGAAGGGACUCUGCUAGUGGCCACAGCACAAGAUGGUAACUUCCAGAUAUUUCCACUAGCUUUUGGAAUAGUGGACUCUGAGAAUGAUCACGCAUGGGAAUGGUUUUUUAGAAAAUUGCGGGAGUGUUUUACAGACGAGUAUCCGUUGGUGAUAGUUUCAGACCGGCAUCAUUCCAUUAAGAAGGCAUGUGAGACUGUAUUACCAUGGGUAACACGCGGUAUAUGCUAUUAUCAUCUGCAACACAAUAUUGUCACUAAGUUUAAGGGGAAGCAUCUUAUGUACUUAGUCAAACGUGUUGCGUAUGCAUAUACGGUACAUGAUUUUAACCGUUAUAUGGACGAGAUAAGGCAUAUAAAACCUGACCUUGCAACGUACCUGGAGGAGGCAGGCAUUCAGUUGUGGUCAAGAGUUCACUUUCCAGGUGAUAGAUACAAUAUAAAGACGAGCAACAUCGCAGAGUCUAUCAACUCUGCUCUCAAACGGGCACGGGGAUUUUCCAUAGUAUUCCUGUUGGAGUACUUACGGGCGAAGCUAAAAAAGUGGUUUUGUAAAAGGCGGGAAGAUGCUUUGAGUCUUCCAACCAACCAUACUCGAGGAGUUGAAUAUUUGUUGGCAAUUCGUUCACAUUAUGCUGAUAAGUUGACGGUUGAAGGCAUAGAUGGUUGGCGAUUCAAUGUGAAAGGAGGAUCACAUAACUGA